AUGAAGCUCUUGAUCCGGGGUGCAAAGGGUACAGGUAAGACGUCGCUAUUCCAACGACUCAAAGGCGAGUUGAUCCCGGAGACGCAUCAGUCUACGCCUCAGCUUCAAUCUGCUACGAUCAAUUGGAAAUUUCGUGAAAAUUUGGAAGAAAAUGUCAAAUGUGAAGUUUGGGACGUCGUAGAUCAAGGUUUUGUCCCUAUGGAGACUGUAAAUGGAGGUGAAGAAGGUGGGGGUACAAGAGGGAAGACUGCUGCUAUUGUGGAACAAGAAGGUCUGCAGAGUCAGAAGAGUCUGUCAGCUGGAAGAGUUACUGCUGCUAUGCAGAAUGGGACCCAUUCGAUGGCUGUUGUGGAUGCCUCGACUGUGAAUGUGUACCAUGUAGCUCAUGGCGUGAUUUUUUUACUGGAUAUUACCAAGUGGGAUACACUGGAGUAUGUGAAGCAACAGCUGGAUAAUGUCCCUGUACACAUUCCGACGUUAGUGUUGGGAAACUUUCGAGAUCAAGGAGCUCAAAGGAAGAUUUUCAAGGAAGAUAUCCAGGAAAUGCUGUACGGAUCAAGGGAUCGACCGCAACCACAACAGUGGAGACGACCGACGGAAUUACUGUAUUUCGAGUGCUCGUUGCUGAAUUGUUAUGGACUAAAAUCCUUGCACCAGUACUUUGGUAUCCCGUUCUUACAGUUGAAGUUGGCGACCAUCAGGCAACAAAUGCGUAUUGUGGAAGGCGAAUUUACACACUUGAAGCACGAUGUUCAAGCUACAAUUAUGGAACAGCGCUACGCGGAGUAUGUGGCGCACAUCAAAACGACCGGGUCGGAUAUUCGAACUGGUAGACGUAGCUCUGCAAGCGGCAGCACAUCACGAGCUGUAACAUGCAGCAACGUAGCGAAUUCAUCUUUUAGUGAUAUUGACCCAGGAAAGACCGCACAAGAUGGUACGGACAAUAGAUGUAAGGAGAAUGAUGCGGAAACUCCUAUAAUUGCUUUGACUACUCAAACGCCACAAAAGAAUCAAGAGGUGACGGAAUCGCAAGAUAUGAAGGAUUUACCCGCAAGAAAUAGUAGUGGUGUCAGCCAGGCAACGUCUUCAUUGAAGUUUCAACACAAGGAAAACAUGGCAUCCAUUCCAGAUGAUGCGACAGAUGUUAAUGUCCCACAUAUCAAAGGUGAACAUGCUUUACCCAAUGGAAAAAACAGUGAAUCUUCAUUGCUAAAUCAUGCUAGUCCUAACUGUCCUAGGAAAGUAUCAAUGGAAGAAGUGAUCCAUCUUGAGGAUUUUCAGGUGCCGAAAACGCGCAUUAGUGACCUAAAUCACUUUUAUUCGGAGGAUGAAAGUGAUGAAGAUAUUGGGGGUAACGAUGAAGAUGUAGUGGUGGCACCUGCGGAUGGAUUGAUGAAGGCAAAUACCAGUGGUGUGUACCACAAGCAGCGUUUUCUUGACUCCGACUCGGAUUCGGAUGAAAAUGAAUCGACGAGAGUUCAGCGUAGACGAAAUGGAAAGGUGUCUCGCAAACGCUCUCCUCAUCGCAGAGCAACCAAACAAGCGAAUGCUACUACUGGUUGGACAAUACUUCGACCCCAUGAAUCUUCACAACACCCACCUUCUCCACACCCACCGCCAACUGCUCCCCCAUCAAUUCAAAGGAGCAGGCCGGGAUCUCCAGCGCGAUCUGAACCUAGCAGUCCAGUAAAUGGUUCUCAAAUUGUGCCACGCGAGGAACCAUUAAAGCAUUGGCAGUCAGUUGGGCCAACAAACAAGUUAGCUCCAACUCCGACACAACCUGCUGUUCUGCGUACUUCUACUUCGGCUUCAUUAGCUCGUCAGUCCAGUCCAAGAAGCAAGAGCAAAAACAGCUCAGCACCGACAAAUUCUGAAAUGGGUGUAAUCGUAUUGCAAAGUGAAAUUGAGCUGAAGAACGAGUCUUCUUCAAGUGAGGAGCCAGGGUUCACAGGAACCGAAAAUUCAGCUAGCCUUUGCGGACAAGAAUCUCCGCAGACAUCUCCUAAACAAAAAGGUUCGAAGAAUUUGAGCUGUAAAACGCAUUCUUCCACUAAUGGUGCAAACGACAACGCGCUUAUCAGUACUACCACGUAUGCCACAGAGAAGAAAGAGAUGAGUGCAUAUGCUAUAGACAAUGACAUCAACAGUGGGCCGGCGAAUGAUCUUUGUGCUCCUGCACAAAAUCAAAAGGAUUUCUCCAUCAGAAAAGACGGAGGGCCAACUGAUGCCGGUAUGAACGGUUUGUGUGUAGAUGGACCGAAUACUAUACUCGCGCAUGAUGGAAAAGAAGAGUGCAAAUACAGUGCAGCUGCAACUUCGCAAGAAACCGAAGAUGCAGAUAUGCUCCACGAUGUGGUUGCUCCUAGCUCGCCCCAAUGUCAUCCCCAGGUACGCAUGAGUGAUGAAAAGAGCGACGGUGAUACAAGCGAUUCAACGGGCUCUACUAAAUCGCCUUUAUUAUCGCUCAAUGAGUCUGUGCUACUUCCUGAAGUAUCAGCACCUCCUACGUCGUCAAUGCAGUCGAAUACAGAUGGCGUGGAAAGCGUGACGAGCCAGGGUGUGAAAGAUACUAUGGGACAUUACCAUAAGAGAAAUAUGUGCGAUGCGGGCGACUUUCAUUCGCUGUCUGCGCUUCAAGCAUCACUGUCAUUGCCUGGUGAGACUACGUUACCGCUUCCAUCAAUUCUGCACGAAAGCACACAAGCACCAAUGGAUUUGUCGAAUUGUGUCAGUGAUUUGAAGACAGACGCAGCACCGCGGUUGUCCGACCUUCAAACAAUCCCCUCGGAGGCAUUGGCAUCUACACUUGGUGUGCCUGACUUAACGACUGUUGUUCCAAGCAAUGAUCUAGAGGCGUUUCUGAACGAAAGUGAUAGCGAUUUGGAGAAAGGACCAUCGUCGAGUGACGCAGGUUUUGCAGGUGGAAACAAGCAGUCAAAAAAACAGCAACGAGUCAACAGAAAUGUCAUAGUUGAGUCAAGUGACGAUAGCGACGAAGAAGGUGAUCAGGACAGGUUUGCGAGUUACAGUAUUAGUAAGAAGAACAGGUCCGAGCGGAGACGCCAGCAGAAGGAGGAUUUGCUCCAGCUGGAUGCCGUGCUCAACAUGAAAAAUGGUCCUCUCCUCCCGUCGGCAAGUGUUGCAGCAGCGACGGAUUCUUCGUUUGUGACAUCAGGUGUGAUGGAGGCCAUUCGCAAGGCACAAGAAGAUGCCAUGCGUAUGCUUCCAGCCGACACAGCGCCCAUAAUUGUUCAGGCAGAUUCCAACUUGUCCAAGAAGCGUCACACGCACAAGCACAAGAAGAAGCACAAAAGCAGGACGAGGACGACACCAAAAAGGGAUUGA